AUGUCUUCAAGCAACGCCCAUCUCAGCCGCGACAACCUCUUUGACCUCAAGGGCCGCGUGGCCCUGGUCACGGGCGGCGGGUCAGGCAUUGGGCUGAUGGCCACCCAGGCCCUCGUGGCCAACGGUGCCAAGGUGUACAUUACGGGCCGCACGGCGGAAAAGCUCGACCGAGUCGUCGAGCAGUACUCGCAGGGCAAGGACUCCAUCAUUCCACUAACUUGCGACGUGGGUAAGAAGGACCAGAUCAGCAACCUGGUCAAGGAGAUUUCUUCGCGAGAGUCUUGCUUGUGCAUCCUCAUCAACAAUGCUGGCAUCAGCACUUCCACGGUGUCGACCGAGGCCAGUUCGGCAGAGGAGGCAAAGCAGAAUCUUUUUGACACGGAAAAAGCGACUUUUGACGAGUGGACAGAGUCUUAUCAGACCAAUGUUGCUCAGAUCUACUUCAUGACAGCCGCGUUCCUACCACUUUUGCAAAAGAGCACCGACAAGCACCCCGGCUGGAGCUCAACCGUCAUCAACAUUAGCUCCAUCAGCGGCAUGGUCAAGACGGCACAGCACCACUUUCCCUACAAUGCCUCCAAGGGUGCUACUAUUCACCUGAACCGCAUGCUGGCGUCGGAGAUUGCCGGCCAGGGCAUGAAGAUCCGUGUCAACUCGAUUGCUCCCGGCGUGUUCCCCAGCGAGAUGACGGCCGACGGCAGCGGCUCCGACCAGAAGAGUCACAUUGAAAAGGACAAGUACAAGAAGGUACCGGCGCAACGACCGGGCAAGGACGAGGACAUGGCACAAGCAGUCUUGUUCUUUGCAGUCAACCAGUACUUGAAUGGUCAGACAUUGGCCGUGGAUGGUGGCUACACGCUUGCCGCUGGGCUGUAA